AUGUCCGGCACCAGGAUCCUCGGCGACAGAGACGUCAACGCCGCUCUUGCCGAUGGCCAGGCUCCCGCUAAGGGCGUCAAGAGCAUGGAGUACCAUCGCCAGGUGUUUCAGUCCAGGAUUGCCCAAGAGCCGACGAAGCAGUACAUUUCGCCUUCGGACACAAUCAUGAGUCCCUGCACGGCAAAGCUCUCGGCGCUGCGCAACAAGCAAGUCACCAAGGCCAAGCCAAAGUCACUCUUCGCCCAGACGAGCACUAAGAGGCUCGCAGGCGAGAAUCCAUUCGGCGUGAGGGCGGCCGCUGCUCCAGGCGAGAAUCCGCUCGGUGCUAGAAGUGCCGGCAGCGAGCCUAUCCUCAAGUCGCGGCUUCGCUGA